ACGAUGGUCAGUAAGGACCGAGCCAGGCAAGCGCUUGCCCAACGCCUCCCACCAGGCGUACGUAGAACAUAUGCUGCCCUAUCGGAACACAGCGGCGUUCCCUCCACCACAAUCUUUCAUCGUGCAAAAGGACGACGCUCACCAGAGGAGAAGGCC